AUGGCCACCACCAACAGUCAGAGCCACUACUACGCCGAUAACAUGUACAACAUGUAUCACCAUCACACCGCCCACAGCCUGCCGCCCACGUACUAUGACAACAGCUACUACCAGAGUGCCACACAGAGUACUGCCAGCCAGUGGCAGCCAUCGCCAGCCGGCUAUCAGGGCAACUACGGAGCAGCCUAUGGAGUCCAGGAGAGCUACUCGGACAGUUGCUACUACGCCCAGAGCAGCUACAGUCCCAUAGAUGCCACAGUUCCACAGAUUCCAGCGGUGCCUGCGAUGCCCGCAUCCCAGCCUGAGCCCAUCCUUGCCGCCUCUCCCGUGAAGACACUGAAGCGCAAGGCCGAAGAUGCUGCCGCUGUCAUCGCCGCCGUCGAGGAGCGACCCAGCACACUCCGUGCUCUGCUGACGAAUCCCGUAAAGAAGCUAAAGUACACACCCGACUACUUCUACACCACCUUCGAGACGGUGAAGAAGAGCCCAGCCACAGUGCCAGCGCAGAUUAAGGCCAGCUCCAGUCCCGCUCCCAGCUACGAGCAGGAGUACGUGGCUGCACCCACUCCCAGCGCCUCCGAGGAUGUCGACUAUCUCGAUGUCUACUCGCCACAGUCCCAAAAGAAUCACAAGAAUGGCGAAUAUGUGGCGGGCACACCACCACCACUAGCCUCUACACCAGCCACGCCCACGUCCAUAGUGGAGGGCAUCAGCACGCCACCCCAAUCGCCCGGAGUCAAGUCCGGCACGGCAUCGAAUGUCAGUCAUGAGAUCAAUCAUCGAAUUGUGACAGCUGCCAAUAGCGGAGUCGCCGCCGAUUUCAAUUGGUCGCACAUCGAAGAGAGCCUCGCAUCAGAUUGCAAAGACUCGAAACGCACUCGCCAGACCUACACCCGCUACCAGACCUUGGAGCUGGAGAAGGAGUUCCACUUCAAUCGGUACAUCACGCGGCGGCGUCGCGUCGACAUUGCCAAUGCCUUGAGCCUGAGCGAGCGACAGAUCAAGAUCUGGUUCCAGAACCGACGCAUGAAGUCCAAGAAGGAUCGCACUCUGGAGGGCUCACCCGAGCACUGCAGCACGUCCUAUGGUGCUCUGCUGGCACCUCUAGAAACCGCCACCUCCGCCGCCGUAGCCCAGCCGCAGUCGAUGCCCUACCAUGCCACCGCUCCGUAUCCCGCUUAUUUGUCCAGCAGCCAACAAUUUGGUCACGGACACGGCCAGGGCUAUGGCCUGUCCCUCAAUGAUUACCCGCAGCAGCAGCAGCAGUACGAGCAGCAGUACGUCACACCGCAAUAUCAUCAACAGACCCAGCAGCAGUGCAGUGUCAGUGCCUACCAGCACCAGCACCACCAACAGCAGGAGCUGACCGCCUCCAACCGGGCCCAGGCCCAGGGCCUGUACCAUCACCUGCCCUAG